AUGGCAACCACAACUCCCAAAACCCCAUGGGCCGACACUCCCUUCGCCCUGCUAAAAAUCCCCGGCACCCCGGGGGCACCCACGAGCUCAAACCCCGGCAUCCUUCACGUCUGCAUCGAAAUGGCAAACGUCCACAACCUGCUUCUUCGCGGGUUAAAUUCCAUCUACAACCAAGCCCCUUUUGUCACGCUGCCUGGCGACAUCUCCGACCUCAUGCUGUACACCACCGCAUGGGCUGAUACCAUUCACCACCACCACUCCGCCGAGGAAACGCUAUUUUUCCCGCGGGUCGAAGCGCUGGCCAAGGCGGCGGGGCAAGAGUGCGAUAUGGCGGGGAAUGUGGCGCAGCACCAGGGGUUUGAGGGUGGGAUGGCGGAGAUGGUGGCGUGGGCUAAGCGGGUGAGAGAUGGAGAGGUGCAGUAUGAUGCGGAGGUGCUAAAAGGGUUGAUUGAUGGGUUUGCGCCGUUGUUGACGCGGCAUUUGCAUGAGGAGAUUGAGACACUGGUGGGGUUGGAGAAGUGUGAUGGGGAGGAGGUUAGGAGGGCGAUGAAGGAGACGGCUGAUGAGGGGGCCAAGACGGCGGAUCCGAACCUUGUCAUACCGCUGAUCAUGGGUUGUCUGGAUAAGAACUAUCCGGGCAGUGAGGACUUUCCUCCCCUACCGUUCUUUGUGCCUUGGUUGAAUGCGUACUGGUUUUCGAGAAAGCAUGGUGGGUGUUGGAGGUUUAAUCCGAGUGAUCACUGGGGAAGGCCACGACCGUUGCAUUUUUUGAAGUGA